CUUCCCAUCCAGGUUUCGGAGCAGUGCUGAGGCAUCACCAUACCCUGCGUUGUGUGCGGCCGUUUUUUGGGGACGGAUUUGCACAAUUCCGCCGCAGCACUUUUCUAGUAUGAGAACUUCCAUUCCAGCUCCUUUGAUUUCUUUCAUUCUCAUAUUUGAUCAUUUUCUUCAUUUUGACCAUCCGACCUCAUUGUUUCGUCCUCCUCAUUUUGCUGCUGCUGUCACCCACAGUUUGUGUCUGAGCGCCAGCUGAAAGAGGAUCUCUCUUUCUCUCUCUCUCUCUCUCUCUCUCUCUCCAUUCCUCCACCAGACAUCACUGUCCUCUUCUCCGCUGCUGCUGCUCGGGAUUUCGGCGUGCAUUGCUGGACUAUAAUAACGCAGGGGGAUUUAUAUUUGUAUUGAUUUCCAUCUGCCGCCCGGCCCACAGCGGACACCAGCACUUUUUUCUCUCUGAGGGAUGUAUCACAGCUCUGAACAGGGGAGAAUAUAAAGCCACUGUCCGCUGAGUAAACUAUACUGCCGAGCGUGCGCCUUUUGGUUUUUUGGAGCAGGUCUCUCAUCGGGAGAUGCUCUGGUAGGCUACGUGUGAUCGGGGGUUUGUGGUCCGUGCGCAUCCCCACUGGAUCGGGAUAUAAGGUGAAGAAAUUGCCGCGGUCAGCCUUUUUCUGGAGCGCUUUAUUUUUGUGUGUGUUGUGGACAUAUUUGGUUAUCUUUUUUUUUGUGAGAAGGAUUGUGCACCCACCCGGAGGCGCGCAGGCUAACCAUGGGGGACUCGAUGUGGAGAUAUUAUUUUGGAGUUCUGUUUAUUGCCUUCAAAGUGGACAUGUGCCGGGCGCUCAUCCUGGAGUCCAUCUACUGGAACACAACAAAUACCAAAUUCGUGCCGGGCCAAGGCGUGGUACUGUACCCCCAGAUCGGGGAUAAGUUGGACAUUGUGUGCCCACGCGUGGACGGCGGGGGGAGCGAUGGCGUGGAGUAUUACAAGGUGUACAUGGUGCCUAGGGAGCAGCUGGAGAGCUGCACCAUCACCAAGGCCGACACGCCGCUGCUCAACUGCGUCAAGCCCGACCAGGACGUCAAGUUCACCCUCAAGUUUCAGGAGUUCAGCCCUAAUCUGUGGGGCCUGGAGUUCUUCAGGGGGAGAGACUACUACAUCAUCUCUACAUCCAACAGCACCAUGGAGGGCAUCGACAACCAGGAGGGGGGAGUGUGCAAGACCAAGUCCAUGAAGAUAAUCAUGAAAGUGGGACAAAAUCCCUCUGAUCCUAUUUCACCCAAAGACAACCCCACCAGAGUACCCUACCCUCCCAAGCAUUCAGAUGGCAAGGAGACCUACAACCCUAACGAUGUGCUGGAGAAACCAGGUGUAGCGCCCAGAGAAAGUGGCGACACUGAAACCGGCGGAAAGUCCUCCAGCGCCAUCGGCUCCGAGGUGGCCAUCUUCGUCGGCAUCGCUUCGGGCUCCGUCAUCUUCAUCAUCAUCAUCAUCAUGCUGGUCCUGCUGCUGCUCAAGUACCGGCGGCGGCACCGCAAGCACUCGCCGCAGCACGCCGCCACGCUCUCCCUGAGCACCCUCGCCACGCCCAAACGGAGCGGCGGCGGCGGCGGCAACAACAACGGCUCGGAGCCCAGUGACAUCAUCAUCCCGCUCAGGACUGCUGACAGCGUCUUCUGCCCGCACUACGAGAAGGUCAGCGGCGACUACGGCCACCCAGUCUACAUAGUUCAGGAGAUGCCCCCGCAGAGCCCUGCCAACAUCUAUUACAAGGUCUGAGCUGGAACUUUCAAAAAAACAAGAGACGAACUGGAACAAUCCCGGGAAGAGUGGGUUUUUAGUUUCGGCUGGUGCCGCCAGCACGCCCGCAAUCACUCUCGCUCUUUCUCUCUCUGUCUCUGUGUGUCGACUCCUCCUCCUCCUCCUCCUCCUCCUCGUCUCUGAUGUUUUGUCACUGCUUUUUUCUUUAUCAAAGUUUUGCUGAUACCUUGUUGGUGUGGUUUGGUCCCAGUCGGUGCGGACGGGAUGGGUGAAAUGCUAGCGCUGCCUCUGCUGCUGCUGCUGCUCUCUGGGGCUCUUGGGAAAUAGAGAGGACCAGCUCUUCUUUCCCCAACGCUGCUCCCUUGUUUUGUUUUGUGCACCGCAGCCAGCACUGUGGGGGAACUGAGUGUUUGUGGAGAAGAGAAACGUAAACGUAGGAUUUUUCUUUUCCUCGGAUUGGGACGGACGGACGGAUGUAUGUAUGGACAUGAAGGUUUACUGUCAUGAGAGGAGGGGAAGGAAUCUUUGGCCUCACCUUUAAAAGAGACUGCUUUGAAUGCUUGGAAAAAGAGAGGGAAAGAGACAACAAACAUAAACGAGCGAGGAGGAGAUGUAAAGGAAAAUAUGGGCUGAACCAUGAACUCACAAAAUGGCUGCCCUCCCUUGAUGCACACUAGCUGGAGAUGCUCUGUGGAUUAACCAGUUGCACGAGGGAAGGGGGGAGAGAUUCUCACAGCGAUCCUCUCCGGGACUUUCCUGACUGACUCACGGAGAUCACGCAUUCACCCUGCCACCCACAUGCUCACCAUCAUAUACAAACACACUCAACCCCCCCCCCACACACACACACACACACACACACACACACACUGUCUCACCAGUCAAUGUGAACUGUUUGGGUUGAAGUGUGGAUUGCACCAUCUCUCCUCGUUUCCCAGAUAUGUUUUUCAGCAAAUCACUUCUUUCAGACGUUACUUGAAGGUUUUAAGGAAGAAAAAUAGAUUCUCUUUUUUUUUUUUGUUAUUGUGCUGUCAACAUUUACUGAUUUUUUUUUUUGCUCGUAUCUGGUUUUCAUAUCCCGAUUCAGUUCAAAUGCAGAUAGAUGUUUUUUUUCUUCCUUUAGUGACAUGUCAUAUCGUACAUGACGUUCAAACACAAGUGACCCAACAGUGGCCAGGAGUGGCGAGAGCGUGAAAAAAACAGAUUUUGUAUUUCGCGCCCCCCCCUCUCGCUAGACCAUAGGGCGCGUGUGAGGUCUGCCCAGGUGGCUACUGGGAAGAGUGGAGGACUUUCAUAUACAUAGAGCAGCACUUUGAACUCCUAUUUGGUCCCUCCACUCUUCGCAGCAGUCAUAGAGAGAGAGACGCAGUGAUAGCUAGAGAUGGGCGAGCAGCUGGAUCCCGGCUUUUUACACGGGGGAAGUGUUAGGGGUAAUAAGAAAUCCAACUGGCCUUACUGCCGUUUUUUCGCAUCAGGUGAAGAAGAGGCCCGAGAUCUAGUUGAGGUUAGCAUAGCUGGCUGAAACAGCUCUAGGUACUGUUAUGUUUACCCCUGGGGGUCCAAUGAUGAUUAAGGGUGCCUUAAGGGGCCCAAAAUCAGCAUUGACCAGUGCUCUCCUGUUCUUGUUCGGGAAAAAAAUAGCACAGGGACAUCUUCUUACAUUGUCACUCUUUCUCAAUCUCCAUUAGCAUUUCCCUAUUGUGAGUUUUUGAUUUAAUUCUCUUUUUUUCUACUUUUUUUUUACAAAAUAGAUGUACAUUUAAAAAAAGGACAUUACGCAGAGGAAAAAUACAAAAAAAAAAUACAAAUAAAAAGCAGAAUUUAUUUAUGAUAGACACAUAGAGCACAGGCGGUUGUCAGGCGGUAUGGAGAAGAAGAAGAAGAAGUUAUGUUAAUAUAUUAUGGUAUAAGUGCACAUUAUGCAAUCUAGGUUUUUGAUUAUUUGAUAGGUCUCGAUCCACUGAGUCCCGUAUUUUCAUGAACUGUCGUCCACAGACACAGGGCUCAGUCCUGGGAAAGAGGACCAGGGGAGGGGCAGCCUGGCCCCAGCCCCCUUAGCCCCUGCCCCCCGAGCCCGAGGGGAGGAGAGUUAUCUGACCCAAAAUAGCUCACAUUGGUGUACACAAGGGCAGAGUAGCUGUGUCUCCCACACUCACUCAGUGUAGCAUCUCCCAAAGGAUAAUUCUCAUCCCCCAUUCUCCUCAUACACACCUUUCAUGUUCUCUGUGCAUGUGUGUGUGAGUGUGUGUGUGUGUGCGUGUGCGUGUGCAUGUGCGCGCGUUGAGCAAGUCUAUAUUACAGUGACUUCACAUUCAUUGAUAUCUUUGGCUUAGGAUCAUAAUCGUGACUUAAGUUGUUCCCAGAGCGUGUAUCAGCCCAUCAUCGACAUUGUCAUUCGUUCAUAAAAGAACAUCAAAUUUCACCGAAAAGCCAAGCCUUGUAUGAUCUGAGGUUGUGCCUCUGAGAGGCCACAAAAAUCUGCAAAUAUGCAAUUCUUAUUUAUUUUUUUAAAUCAAUUCUGAGAAGAAGAAAAAAAACAAAAAACAACCCCCACCUAUGGAAAGUGUUCUUAACCACUGAAAGAUGUAACAACAAACAAAUGACGCAAAACUAGCAAAGUACGUCACGCAAGCCUGCUGUUAGUUUUGAUUUCCCCGCAUCAUUUGUAGUAUUAUUUGAACCUUUUUUUCUGUUUGAACCAUGUGCCGUAGUACAAAGGUAAACUGUGAAAAAUGAAACCAUUAAAAAGCAUACAUAUAUAUCACACCUGAACAGGUAUUUAAGAAAAGAUGAACAAGACACUCACACACACAUACGACAAAGAAAUGGCUGUUUAGUUGCUCUCUGUCUGCGGCAGAAUAUGACAAUCUUAUUAGUUUCUUUGAAUCUGAUGUCCUUUUCUUAGCCGCCACUCGACUAACGCUCUCCCAACAUAGCGAUGCUGUGAGAGUCUUAGCACAAAAGGCUAGGAGAAGCGCCUCAGGCUUCUGUAAAAUGCCUUGCUCGUAUGGUCAGCCCUUGGUCACUUGACUCAGUAAUUUUGCACCGUACUUCUGUAGGUAAGAAACUGUAAAUACAUUAAUGUUUGUAUUGUAUAUGGAUCCUGGGUUGUUACAAUAGCCUUAUUCACCUUUUUAGGAAAGUCAAUGGAGAAAAAAAAAACAGUACCGAAAAAAUGAAAUACACUUCAGUUAAAACAGAGCAUACUACUUUUUUGGUAAAUAGCUUAUGUAAAUAUUGACCAGAACCCAAUAAAAACAUUUUUUAUAAACUCUUAAAGUAAGAUGUUUUGUAUAAAAUUUGAAUUUUUUGCUAUGUAUUUUAGCUAGCGCUCGAUGGAAAGCCUGUGUCCUCCCCACUCCCUCCCCUUUUGCACUGUUUCCAUGGUAAUUUGGUUUUAAAAGAAGAAAAAAAAAUGAGAGAAAAGUUGCCAAACCGACUGCUGCAUAUUUGUGCCAUAAGUGUGUACCAUAAAUAUUUAUUGAAUUAGUUUCUUUUUUUUUCUUCUUCUUCUUUAUUUUUUUCCUUCCCGUUUAUGAUUUAACUUGAGUCCAGUUUGUAAGUAACACAGUAUUAUAUUUGCAUUGUUUUGUUCGUUUGGCCCUGGUUUUUGUUUUUAGUCAUGUCAUGGUCACCGGGUGGCUGUAGCCCUGUUCUCCCCUGUCCUUGCAGUAUGAGACGGCCAGGCUGUGAAAAAAUGGUUUUAACAUUCAGAAAUUUAAAACAAGUUCAAAGUGAGGAUAAAUGACACACAUUCCACCAGUCUGUUACAAACUGAAAAUGUUUUUCAAUAAAAUGUUUUUCCUAUGGA